AUGUUCCAAGAAAUAGCGACUGCUUACGAGACUCUCAGAGAUGAUGAAACUCGAGCAGACUACAAUUAUUAUCUGGACCAUCCGGAGCAACGAGCAUAUAAUUAUUACCAGUACUAUCGAAGGCGUGUUGCUCCCAAAGUUGAUCCAAGAAUUGUCAUUCUGGUCACCAUUAUACUCAUCUCUACGUUCCAGUUUUUUAGUGCGGCACAAAAAUAUAGGGAAGCACUUGAUUAUGCAGUUAAAAAUGGAAAAUAUCGUAACGCAGCUAAAAAAAUUGCUGAAGAAAGAGGACUUUUACCGGAUGGCGGCUUACGGCGAGAUAAAAAGUCGAGGAAAGAACACACCGAACAGAUUUUACGGCAGAUUAUUGAGGAAAAUGUAGAUAUCAGGUGGAUCAUGUGGAAUUACUCUUGGUUCAUAAAGUAUUAUGUCAAAAAGGAGGACUACGACAAUGAGGCCAAGAUUUACUUAAUACGAAGGAACAUGGGACUUUCGGAAGAACAGUUCGCUAGUUUGGAUGUCAGCGAGCGAGCGUCGUUCUUUGCUCACGAACUGUGGGAUCGGAGGGAAUUUGAGGAGUGGAAAGCGCUAAAGGAAGAACAGCAGAAAGAAAUCCAAGCAACCAGUGCACGUUACAAACGUUACCGGCGAUUCAUGAAGAAUCAGACUGGCAGCACGAUCAGCUUUGCGGAAUGA